AUGCAACAGGUGAAACAGGCAACCUUGCACAGGAGGUCUCUGGAGAAUGAAGGUGUUUUAACUGCAGAGGUGGUGUCCAACUGCUUGUCUAGCCUAGGCCGCUCCGGCAAUGGUCUGCAGUACGCCUACCAGUGUCUCUCUGCGCCUGGUAAAGAUCUGAGUGAUAUCUCCAUCUUAUACAAAUAUGUCCAUCUCCUAAAGCUUGAACUACCGCACAACAAAAUAAAAGAUUUGUCCUGUGUGAGCCACAUGCCCUAUCUCAUCAUCCUGGACGCUUCCCAUAAUGAACUCUCUGACUUCUUUGGAUUUCACCCGCCCAAAAACUUGACGGAAGUCAGUUUCUCCCAUAAUUUGAUGACAAAGAUGAAGGAUUUGUCAGCCUACUCAUCGCUGCGUAAACUGAAACUUGACUUCAACAGCUUCAGUGAGAUCAGUGGUCUUGAGAAAUGUUGCAGCCUCACCCACCUCAGCUUGGCACACAACAGGAUCUCCAGGAUCAGCGGUCUGGAUAAUCUGCCCCUCAAAGACCUCUGCCUUAGGGGGAACCAGCUAGAGAAGAUUGAAGGUCUGGAGACUCUGAGGACCCUGUUGGUUCUGGAUCUGUCGCUAAACCACAUCACCAGCCUGUCCGGCCUGCAGAACCUCCACCUACUGGACUCCAUCAACCUGGAGAAGAACUUGAUCAGUGAAAUUAAGGAGGCCUCAUACAUCCAUGAUCUGUUCUUGCUUCGAGAACUCACGUUACAGCGAAAUCCUGUGCAGGAGUGUCCAGAUUACAGACCGUCAGUCAUCUUCCUCCUCCAACACCUAACAAGAUUGGACCAGGAGAAAGUCACUAUCGAGGAGAAGGUGUCUUCAGUAAAUAAGUUUGACCCUCCGAUGGAAGUGGUGGCGGCCAGGGACCACAUGACUCACCUGAUGUACCAGAUGAUGCAGCCGCAGGUCCUUUAUGACAGCAGUACAAUGACCAGUAUUGACUCCCCCUAUCCCAUGUUGGUCCUGACCGGUCCUCAAGCCUGUGGGAAGAGAGAGCUGGCCCACAAGCUCUGUCAAGAGUUCAGUGACUACUUUGCAUACGGAGCUUGCCACACCACAAGGGGGCCCUACUUUGGAGAGGAUGAUGGAAAGGACUACCACUUUGUCAGCGAGGAAGAUUUUCAGAAUAUGAUUCAUAUGGGUAAGUUUAUCCAGGUCAUGCAAUAUGGGGGUCACUGGUAUGGUCUGACCAGGGACGCCGUAGAGGACGUGGCAAGAGAAGGCUUGGCCUCCUGUGUGCAUAUGGAGCUGGAGGGUGUGAUGAGUCUGAAAAACAGCUGCUUCGAGCCACGCUACGUCCUUCUUAUUCCUACCAGGGUGGAACAAUAUACCAUGAACCUGAAAUGUCGUGGUCUCUAUAAGCAGGCCCAGAUAGACACAGCAGUGGCCCGCAUAGACAUUUAUGCCAGGACCAACCAGAAACAGCCAGGAUUCUUCGACAAUGUCAUCCCUUGUGAUCACCUGGAAGAGGCCUACCAGACCCUGAGGCAGGUGGUGAAGGAUUAUUUGGGGUUGGAGGAGCAGAGACACGGGGACAACAGUGAUAGAGCCACUUCAGACUACACCUCCUCAGGUAUAUAUGAGAGGCCAACUUCAGCCCCACCUAUCGGGUCAGGAUCAGGCAUAAAGUUGCACUCAGCGCUGGCCCUGGACCCUUCUGAUCCCUCCUGUAGAAACUACCUGAAUAAGAUUCACGCACAGCUCCGCCCUCAAAAAAGCUCUGCUGAGCUGGCGUCCAUCAGGAGGCGCGAGCAGCUGGUGAGAGAGGCUCUGGUAGGGAAGAAGCCCGGAGCCUACAGCCAGCUCUUCAAAAGGUUCAACCUAAGUAGUCUGCUCAACCAUCCCAUCAGCAUGAUCUCCAUGAGGAUAGCAGACCAUAAUGUUGUCAUCCUGCUUCCACAGUACAAAUCGGAACUGAAACGAAUCAAGCCUCAAAUCCACCUCGCCAUCCAAUGUUCAGACGAGUCAUCUGUCAGUUCAGCCUCAACUGUGCCCAGCUCAGCAGGGGCCUUCUCUGCAGGUGUAGCCGCAGAUGGACAUUUAGAUGAGGGCUCUGAACCUGAGGUGGAGCCCCUGGAUGGCUCCAGCCUUGGACACCCACUGGAAACACUCAAAGAACAAGCAACGUCAAGCCAGACUCCUGAUGCCUCCCGUCCCGGGUCCAGUCAACUCUCUGCGGUCAUGAACCCAUUGUCUGUGCGCCCCAGAUCCAAUGCCAAGCCCAUCCUGCCCUCCAUCCCCCCUGGGCGCAAGACCCCAAUAUAUAAAGAUAUAUAA